CGAUUCGGUGCCCCAAACACGUCGGAGGCUCGCCAUCGAGUAAACAAAUCUCCCCCCUCCCAAAAGCAACCCUGGUUUCCCGAUCUGACAUCAAUAAUUUACAAGGGCUAUCGCACAAAAGCCAGCGACGACGUAUUCGAUUAAUCUCGUAAUCAGAAUCGAGGAGAAGACAGUCAGAAAUGCCGCCUAAGCGUAAAGGACCUGCGACAUUGGCAAACAUGGUCGACUCUGGCUCCGACGGAGAGCCCGAGCCAAGCAGCCAAAUGUUGACACCGCCCUCGGCCGGCGAGAACGGAGAACCUCCAGCGAAAAGGGCACGGGGACGCCCAAAGGGCUCUGCAAUAAAGAGUACAAAAGCUAAGGAGCCUGCGCAAUCCGCGACAAGAUCUUCUGGCCGAAAAGCAGCGCCCGCGAAACCUGAGCCCGCUACCAAAGGUGCAGCUUCACGCUCCAAAUCUGAGAAAACAGUUCCAGCCAAAAGGAAACUUACUGCUCAAUCUAAAGAUCUCGAGAUCAAUGUGGAAAAAGAGACUGCCAAAAAGGAAAUUCCGGAAUCGCAACCUCUGCCAGUUACUGUCCCUGAAGAUUCAUUCGUGUCGGACGGCGAGGAUGAUAUUUCGGCCCCCAUGUCGCAGUAUCCGCCUGCACACAGCAGAAUCUCGCCAGCUAAGUCACGCGAUAUCAUGGUGCCUCCGCGAAGAGGCAGAAAUGGAUCCGAGGCCGAGCCGCACGGAGGGGACCCAGCAUUGAGACGAAAGUUGGGAGAUAUGACAAAGAAGUACGAGAAUCUGGAUUUCAAGUACCGCGCUCUGAGAGACUUGGGUAUAAAAGAGGCGGAGGCAAACUUUGAUAAAUAUAAGAAACAAACGGAUGAGCGGCACAAAGCCGCAAACCAGCUUAUCGGAUCUCUUAAGGAACAGUUGGCCACGCAGACAACAUUAGGACAAAAGUCAAAGACGCUACAGAAGCAAUUGGAUGAACGAGACGCGGAGCUGGACAAGCUCCGGGCCAAGGUCAACCAACUAUCGUCUUCGCUCGCAGAAGCUCAGAGGGAAACUAAGGCAAUCUCGACAAAACUCGCAGCUACCCGCACCGCUGCUUCAACUGUUCAGAGCGCAGACGUUAAAGUUCCCGGCAGCGCAAUCAAGGGCGGCGCGCAAGCUCGAACGAUUAUGAUGGGCAGCGCUGAGGCAGCAGCAGCCGCUCAAAAGGCGCAGCUCAAAGAGGAUCUGUACAGUGAUCUUACUGGUUUGAUUCUUCGCGGCGUGCAGAGGGAGCACGAUGCCGACAUCUAUGACUGCAUUCAGACCGGUCGCAAUGGCACGCUGCAUUUCAAAUUAGAAGUUGCCAUUCACGGCGAAAGCUACGAAACUACCGAGUUCCAGUAUAUACCAUUACUUGAUGCAAACAGAGACCGGGACCUCCUUGAACUUCUCCCCGAUUAUCUUAGCGAAGAGAUUACUUUCCCAAGGUCACAGGCUGGCCGAUUUUACGCCAAGAUUGUCGAGACUCUGACGCGACGAAUCAUUGAAGAAUGAAUGGAUAAGCUUGGAGCGAACGCGAUUUGAUUUUGGACGUUGGCACGCUGGGAGUUGGUGGCGUCUUGGACGAUAUCCCUGGGGUUCUUUUGUUAGGAAGCGACAGGACUGUAUGUCAAGCCGGGCGUUGGUAAGCCUCGACGGAGUUUUCUUUGAGCGGCUUGCAAGUUUUUUUUUAUAUGUUGUUAAUGAACGACUGUGCCGUUUUUCUUCUCCUCUUCUAUUCCUUUUUGUGUUCUUGGUUUAGAUAUCUCAGCGUAUUAUAUGUAUCUUGCAAAGAGGAAUGGAUGCC